GAGUCGUGUCAUUUUAACGAGGAAGAAGGAAAGUACGCUAGAUAUGUACUGCAAGUAUUUUGGUGCUUUGUGAGUUUACAGAAGUAUCGGAUGAGAUUAGUUCAGUAAUCGCCCCAUUAUCAGCUAAUCGUUUGAAUUGGAAAUGGCUGGAAAGAGACCUGCCAGUGGUGCCAUUGCACAACAACGAACUGGAGAAAUGAGUGCCAUUCCCCUCUCUCGGUCUGAGGUGUUUGGGGAGCUGCGGAAGGAGCUGCAUGAAGAUGAGGAGUUCCGUCAGUCUGAUGCACACAUCUUCAUCAUCAUGGGAGCAUCGGGGGAUCUAGCCAAAAAGAAAAUCUACCCAACUCUAUGGUGGUUGUUCAGAGAUGGGCUCCUUCCGGAACAAACCCACUUUGUGGGCUUUGCCCGUUCUGACCUGACAGUGGAGGCCAUCAAAACUGCCUGCAUGCCCUACCUGAAGGUGGCUGAGUCUGAGGUGGAGCGCCUGUCGGUGUUCUUCAGCCGCAACUCUUACGUCAGCGGGAAAUACGCCGACGAGAAGGCCUUCGCCAACCUCCACACCCACCUGCUGUCGCUGCCCGGAGGGGGUGACGCCAACCGCCUCUUCUACCUGGCGCUGCCGCCCAGUGUCUACCACGACGUCACUAGUAACAUCAAGCACUACUGCAUGAGCGCCAAUAGGGGUUGGAACAGGGUGAUUGUGGAGAAGCCGUUUGGUCGUGACCUGCAGAGUUCUGAGGAGCUUUCCACUCACCUCUCGUCUCUGUUCACUGAGGACCAGAUCUAUCGCAUUGACCAUUACCUAGGCAAGGAAAUGGUGCAGAACCUCAUGGUCCUCAGGUUCGGGAACCGGAUCUUUGGGCCCAUCUGGAACCGGGACAGCAUAGCAUGUGUGGUCCUCACUUUCAAAGAGCCCUUUGGCACCCAGGGCCGGGGCGGCUACUUUGAUGACUUUGGCAUCAUCCGCGAUGUCAUGCAGAACCACUUGCUCCAGAUGCUGUCUCUGGUUGCCAUGGAGAAGCCAGCUUCCACCAGCUCUGAUGAUGUGCGGGACGAAAAGGUGAAGGUGCUGAAGUGCAUUUCCCCCGUCACCAUGUCAGACGUGGUGUUGGGGCAGUACGUGGGCGACCCGGAGGGACAGGGCGACGCCAAACUGGGUUACCUUGACGACCCCACCGUCCCCAAAGGCUCCACCCAGGCCACCUUCGCCACGGCUGUGCUCUAUGUGCACAACGAGCGCUGGGAUGGUGUUCCGUUCAUCCUGCGUUGCGGCAAAGCCCUGAACGAGAGGAAAGCGGAGGUGCGUCUACAGUUCACAGAUGUUCCAGGGGACAUCUUCGGAGCGCAGUGUCGUAGGAACGAGCUGGUGGUACGCGUUCAGCCCAACGAAGCCGUUUAUGCCAAGAUGAUGAGCAAGAAACCAGGAGUUUACUUCCACCCUGAAGAGACAGAGCUGGAUCUGACCUACAAAAGCAGAUACAAGGAUGUGAAUUUGCCAGAUGCCUAUGAGCGCCUCAUCCUGGAUGUCUUCUGUGGCAGCCAGAUGCACUUUGUCAGAAGUGACGAGCUGAGGGAGGCCUGGAGGAUCUUUACACCUCUCCUUCAUCAGAUCGAAACUGAGAAGACUCCCCCGAUCCCAUACAAAUAUGGGAGCCGUGGUCCUGUGGAAGCCGACGAGCUCUCCAAGAGGGUCGGUUUUCGUUAUGAAGGAACAUACAAAUGGGUCAACCCCCACAAACUGUGAGGUUGAGGAGGAAGAAUGGGACAGUUCGAGGAAGGGGUCAGAACGAGUGUCGUCAUGUGCCAACACUUUUGAAUGUCUUCUUUGUACUUUCUGAUAUAUUGCCCUUUUCUGUUCCAGACAUGUCAGGGGCAAGUCAGGACAAAAUCUCUGGGAGUCAUUUAAAAAGUGUUGGUACAUUGCCACGGUCUCUGGUACCUGCUACGUCAAUGUUUUGUACAAUGACCUGGUGUCACUAACAUCAUCAGGUCUUAACUGGGGGGAGAAAGAGCAAACAAACAUGUGACACAUUCGGUUUCUUUUGUUUCUCCCUGAACUCUAUACUCUCGCUUCUAAUCAAAGAAAAACACAGUCCGUACUCAGUCGACCCUCCCCUCAGACCUUUGCACAUUUUAAAGAGCAAACUUUGGAUCUGUUUAUACCUGAUGCUGAUAUGUGUCCUUUGUUCUGAUUGUACCUCUAUUCUUACAAUUUUAUUGGAUGCAACUUAGAACCAGGUAUAAAAUGGGAAUAGGACCGCUGCCUCUGCAUGGGUCAGACCAUCUUUUUUUUUACUUCUAGAAGGAGUGUACAGGUACACGCUUGAGAAUCAGAAUAAAAAGUUACAGUACUCUGACAGCGCAUCCUACAGAGCCAGGAUGUCCGGUGGCCAAAGCUACCAAACUUAAGACCUGCAUUUGUUUACAUGUAGAACAAAAGAUGUAGAACCUGCUGGUGGAAAUUAAAAUGAAUGUCUACCACCUUCUGCUAUUGCCACAAACAGGUAGGAUUGUAAUACUUUAAUGCUCUGUGGCCCUUGCUGUCAUUUUGUUGUAUUUAUUGUUUUUCUACUGUUACUGUAAACUUUUUUGCUUAAGCUGUUUUGGACCAAAGGAAAAUCUGAAGUGGUUACAUGUUGGUUCAAAACAUGCUGGUUCAAUACGUGGGAUAGUAUUCCCUGAAGGCAGUUUCUCCAGUUUCUUACAGAUCAACAUUGUAUUAGAACAAGGCUUUUGUGUGCUUAAUUCCCCCAAAAAACUGCUGUUUGUCUCUAUAUUUCAUUCCUUUUGGUUUACUCAUGAUUUGUAGGAAUAUUUAAGUUACUGAUGUUUGUUAUAGGUAAGAGUUUAGAAACAGCAAGGUAUGUCAUAGAGUCCAAGCAAGGCUAUCUUUAUAAUUACAUUGUUAUAGACUAAACAUUCCUGUUAUAUUUUUACAACUUGCAAUAAAUCAGUCAUUUCUUCAGUG